AUGGAUAAGAAGAUAGUGCGCAAAGGGCCUCUGCCUGGGGGUCGCCGGGGCGCGUCUAUAGCUGGCGCUGGACGCGGCAGCAUGCGGGCCGCCAGCCAAGCGCGACGAGCUGCAUGGUCACCUAGCAGCCCUCCGCAUCCAUCAUCGCCACCAGAAGGCUUGGUGUCGGCUGGGUCUUCUCGGACUCAGCAAGCGGCACCCGCCGCUGGUGGAGCACGUCGCAUGCGUUGGUCACAAGCAAUGAAUACAAACGCACUGCGGGCGUACUUUAGGGCAAAAGGGGAAGAAACUGGAUGUUUGGCGUACAGGGCUAGAAUGCAUCCUCUUUUUGCUGAGCUGGAGCCAUCUUUAACCGUCACAGAGCAAAACCUAGCAGACAGAGUUCGUCGCCCAGGAACUGGAAUUAGAGCAUAUGAGGAGUACAUUGGAAGAGGCGAUUGUGGAAACGCGCAGUACGCCUCUCGAAAAUCGACCGCGACUUCCCCGCAAAGCCCUAAGCAAGCGGAAUCGGGCUGUCGUGAGGGCUCUGAACCUAAUGCUGGUGACCUAUUUGGAAGCCAGCCGGGACCUUUGCGAGACGGACUCAAUUUUUUUGGCGCCGCGCUGGCAGCCUGCCGUAUCAUAGGCGCCAAGGUUUCCACGGCUGGACGCGCUACUGGCUAUAGUAGCGCUAUCCCAGCAUGGAGAAGAAGAAUUGAGAAACGUAUCGCAAAGGCUAGAGCUCUCAUCGGCAGACUGAUAUGCUUCAGAUCAGGCAAUAACAGGCCAAGAAUUGUGCGCACCGUCAGGAUGGCGUUUGCUGGGACAAAUGUCAGUUUGUCCCAGCCGGAUAUAACGCAAAAAUUGACGGAGCGCAUAGAUGAUCUGAAGCAAAGAAUCGCUGCUUGGGGAAAGCGGAUUCGGCGAUAUACCGAGAGGUCGACACGGUUCAACCAGAAUCGUCUCUUCCAGAGUGAUCAGAAGAGGCUAUAUGCAUAA